AUGGUGACUGUUCUUGAGAAGUGCCGCAUUUCACCACCACAAGAUCACUCUGUUGCCGAAAACCUUUUACCCCUCACGUUUUUUGACCUAGUAUGGCAAAACUGGCCCUCUCUUAGCCGUGUUUACUUCUAUGAUUUCCCCUGUUCUACCAGUGAGUUGAGGCAAACACUUGUUCCGCGUCUUAAGAAAUCGCUAGCCUCAACUCUCGAACACUAUUUUCCCUUCUGUGGUAAUUUGAUAAUUCCCACAACUUUUUCUGAUAACGCAACUGCUGCACUUCGUUACUUGAAAAAUGACUCUGUUUCGUUGACAAUAGCUGAGUUUAGUGGCACAAGCUCCGCAGGGUUUGAGCAUCUAUCUGCAGAUCAUGCUCGCGAUGUUAAUGAGUUGUUUUCUCUUAUUCCUGAACUCCCGCCAGGUGAUACUGAUCAUGCAUCUCCGGUUUUAUCUAUUCAGGUGACGUUGUUUCCGGGCCAGGGAUUCAGCAUUGGAUUCAGAAACUCCCAUCUGGUUGCUGAUGGAAGAACCAUGUUCAACUUUAUAGCGACAUGGGCUUCUAUUAAUGCUAAGCAGCUUAAAAGUGAGGAUGACUUUGACACUAUAAAGACUCUCCCGUUUUAUGACAGGAGCGUGAUCAAAGACGCGAAGGGAAUGACUUCAAAUUUCCUGAAAAUUGGUUUACAAAUCGCACAGCAAAUUUCGAAGGCUUCUGGUCCUGCAACACAUGAAUUAGAUCUUGUUCAAGAAACAGCAAGCAUUGUUCUCGCAAAUGAAAUUGAUGAUGAAAACGAAGUUUUGGAACAUAUGAUUAUAGCUAUAGACACCAGGGCUCGUCUGGAUCCGCCAAUUCCUUCAAAUUAUUUUGGAAAUGCGGUUUCUCCUUGUAAGAUCACGUUAAAUCUGAGCCGAUUGAGAGGCCAAGAAGGCUUCGUAUAUGCUGCUAAAGAAAUAAAAGAGGCUCUUCAUGAACAGAUAAACAACGACGAGGGAGUGUUGAGAGGGCUUGAUACGAUUUUUGAUGAUAUAGAAGCGAUGAAAGGGCAGAAAAUCUUUGGCGUUGCUGGAUCUCCUAAGCUCGACUACUACAGCACAGAUUUUGGAUUCGGGAAGCCGAAAAAAUAUGAAGUUGUUUCGGAGAAGUUCUCACUUGCUGCAUCCAGGGAUUCAAGCGGUGGCCUAGAACUCGGAUUUGCCUUUUCCAAAAAUGAGAUGGAUGCUUUUACUUCUAGCUGGGUGCUUAGGAGGGGAUGUAAUCGAGGUGCUGAGCAGGCUACUCUAGGUGCUAGGUUGAUGAGGAGGAGAAGCUACUAUUGGGCAGGUGGAGGUUAUCCCGGGUUUUCGGGGGUGACAAGGCAAGGGGGUGACGACAUGUGUCCAGGUGCUCCAAAGGUGGCGAGCUGGGUGCUUACAAGGCGUUCUGUUGCUCAUUCGAGCGGAGCCUUCGGCGCGGGGAAGGGUGUAACCCCUACGGAACGGGCAGACGCUGUUGGGGCCUGUUGGUCUUGCGGGCACCGUAGGGUACCUGCGGUCUAA